UACAUGAUUUGUUUGAAACAGAACGAUAACGAUAAUAAUUCGUGUCGAGAAGAGGCUAAAACGUAUUUGCAGUGUCGCAUGGACAAUAAUCUUAUGGCAAAAGAAGAAUGGCCUAAACUGGGAUUUCAAAAACAAGAAUAAAAAGAACAUAACCUCAAAAUAUUAAAAAAAUUUUAUUAUAAAGUAGUAGAAUAAAAGUCUUAGAACCCCUAAAAAUGGUGAAUUUAUUAAUAGGGUGUACCGGGAGUGUAGCUACUAUUAAAUUACCAUUAUUAAUAACUAAUUUGCAAGAAAAAUUCAAAGAUCAUAUUCAAAUCAAAGUUGUUGUAACAGAAAAAGCACAGCAUUUUUAUAAAAACAGUGAUAUUCCCGAAUCUGUUCCAAUUUUAACAGAUGAAGAUGAGUGGUCUAUGUGGAAAGAUAGAGGAGAUCCAGUUUUGCAUAUUGAUUUGGGAAAAUGGGCUGAUUUAUUUGUGAUUGCACCUUUAGAUGCUAAUACCUUAGCAAAAAUUGCAAAUGGUAUUUGUGAUAAUUUGUUAACAUGCACUGUAAGGGCUUGGGAAAUUGGGAAACCUUUAAUUUUAUGUCCAGCAAUGAACACAAAAAUGUAUAAUCAUCCGAUAACUGAGAAACAAUUGGAUCUUUUAAAAAGUUGGGGAUAUCAUAUUAUACCUGUUAUUGAAAAGAUGUUAAUUUGUGGUGAUAAAGGUGCUGGGGCAAUGACUGAAGUUGAUACAAUUGUGAAUUAUGUUCAAAGUAUAAUAAAUAAAAAUCCUUAAGAAUUUUA